AAAGGGAGGAGCGCAGACAGGAGACUCUCUGGCUUGUAUGUCUGUUGGGCACCUGGGACACUGUCAUUGUGCUUCUCGGUAUAGUAUUUUUUUCUCUCCUUCUCUGAACCAGCCGGGAGUCUUUCCCCCCCCCCUCGGUACCGUAUCAAUUAGGAACUGGGAUUGUUUCUGUGUAAUCUGCUCUGCUCUGGCUGAACCGUUACAGACUGCGAUUGCUUCUUUGGUUUGUUCCUGCCCGCCUCUCGGCGUUCCGAUUCGGACCCUCCCCAAAGUGCAUCUGUUAGUGCGCCGCUGAGGAUAUAUCCUGUGUCCAACAGUACAACAUAGAGCAGCUGGGAUAUCAGACUAUAGAGGCGCGCGCGAGAGAGAGCAGCCGAGUGAGCAACAGAGAGAGGCAGAUACAGAGAGUGCGAGAGAGAUUGAAGCCGAGCGGCGAGGUAAGCUAUAGCGAGACAGCGUAGAUAGAAAAGUGAUCUUCAUAUCCUCCUCCCUUUUUCCUUGUUUUUCCUUUUUUCUCCUCUACUACACUCUCCUGUGCCAGCAAUUUGUUCGCAGGACUGCCUGGAACCACUGCCACCUGCUCAUCUUCCUCCUCCUCUUCCUCCUCCACCUCUCUUCUCACGCGUUACUAUCCGACAGCCAGCCAGUGAGGGAAAGACAGGAGACGCAGACAGGGCACGCAGCAGCAGCGUCCGUUUUUUUUUCAAACUCUUGUGGGGAAUAUUUUUGAGGAACCCGAAUGAGCAUCCGCCGAGCUCUACUCCAGGAGAUUUAAGUGAAAGGCGUCGUCGGGCAGGAACUACCCCCACAGAGGCGACCCCUCUCCCAGCCACUCUCCGUCAGACGAACCCUGCUAGCUCUCCGGAGGACCAGCAGUGAUUGAACACACCACUGUGGACGGGGGAAAACAAGGGACCUACAGUCAGAGAGCCGAGCCCCAGUACUACUACCGCUCGUCCGACCGCCUCCGCGCAACCAUUCCCUGCCACGGCGCUAAGGAUUCCAGCUAUAUGGGCAAGCGAUUGGAACAGCAACCAAUGUACCCUCAGUACACAUACUACUACCCCCACUACCUCCAGACCAAGCAGCCCUAUGCUCCACCCCCUCACCCCAUGGCUCCGCCCAGCCCCAGCCAUAACAGCUGCAGUCAUGGCGGAUCCGAGCAGCUGAGUAAAACUAACCUGUACAUCCGAGGCCUGCCCCCGGGGACCACGGACCAGGAUCUCAUCAAGCUCUGCCAACCAUAUGGGAAAAUAGUGUCAACCAAGGCCAUCCUGGACAAGAACACCAACCAGUGCAAAGGAUAUGGCUUUGUGGACUUUGAUAGCCCGGCUGCAGCACAGAAGGCGGUGUCGUCUCUCAAAGCCACCGGGGUGCAGGCUCAAAUGGCCAAGCAACAGGAGCAGGACCCCACCAACCUGUACAUCUCCAACCUGCCGGUGUCCAUGGAUGAGCAGGAGCUGGAGAACAUGCUGAAGCCCUUCGGUCACGUCAUCUCCACGCGGAUACUGCGGGACGCCAACGGGGUCAGCAGAGGGGUCGGCUUCGCCAGGAUGGAGUCCACGGAGAAAUGUGAAGUGGUGAUACAGCAUUUCAAUGGGAAAUACCUGAAAACCCCACCAGGCAUUCCAGCCCCCAACGAGCCUUUGCUGUGCAAAUUCGCAGACGGAGGGCAGAAGAAACGCCAGAGCCAGAGCAAGUACCCACAGAACGGGCGGCCGUGGCACAGGGAAGGCGAGACUGGUAUGCAGUUAACAUAUGAUCCUGCUGCUAUGCAGAAUGGGUUCUACACCUCGCCUUACAGUAUCGCCACCAACCGCAUGAUCGCACAGACGUCCAUCACGCCCUUCAUCGCUGCUUCCCCCGUCUCCACAUAUCAGGUCCAGAGUACGUCAUGGAUGCCUCAUCAACAAUACGUUAUGCAACCUACAGGUGCAGUGAUCACCCCAGCCAUGGACCACACCAUGUCCAUGCAGCCUGCCAACAUGAUGGGCCCGCUCUCCCAGCAGAUGAACCAUCUGUCCCUGGGCACUACAGGAAGUUACAUGACUGCUGCGGCUGCCGGGGCGCCUAUGCAAGGGACCUACAUUCCUCAGUACACUCCUGUGCCUCAGACAGCCGUCCCCGUUGAAGGAGUGGUCACGGAUGCUUCUCCUCAGUCGGUGGCCCCCUCAUCGCAGGAUGUGAGUGGGCAGCAGCAGCAGAUCCAGGUGGAUGGCUCCAGUGACCUUGUUACUGCUUACUCAUACCAGUCCAAAUAGCGACCGGCGCGGAGAAUAUUCCUGUGACAGCGUUGCCUUGCAACAGAGGGGUUGGCUGCACUGAGAAUGUGGAGAGAAGAGGGAUUGCUUCCAGAUUGCCCAGGCACCAAAAAAUAGACACUUUUUUCCAUUUCAUACCUGGAAGAGAGGAGGGGUAGGGGGUGGGGGUGGAGUCGCUGGGCACAGUGCAAAGUGGUGAAAAUGUUUAGUCUGAGAACAUGCCUGGUGGACUGGGCUUGAGCUUGAGUUGUUUCUUCAAGAAAUUUCUCAACUGAAAAAAAAAGUACAAAAAAAUACAAAAACGAAUUGAAAUGUUGAACGCGCAGGUAGGUGAUGAGGUUUAUUUUGUAAUUAGAAAAAGGGGAGUCAAAGUUUGAGAUACACAGAGAUUGUCUUCCUCAGAUAUUAAGCUACGAUUUCUUUUCACUCUUUUUUUUUGGAUUUCUCGUGUAAAAUUUUAGUUUUCUAGAUAUAUUCAAAACAACUGUUUUUCUUUCUUGAAUCUUCAUGGCCUUAAUUUUAAGGGUGUCAGAGGACUUUUUACAGAGAGUUAAGUCUGGCGUCUCGUUGAAAAUAAAAAGCGAACUAAAUCAGUCUCUUAGACCACUGUGAUGGUACAAGAUACUGCCGGAGUUGAGCUAGAGACAUAAAACAAAAAGAAGAUCUAUCACAUAAACUGUACAGAUUUAAUAGAGAAGAGUUUUUUUCUUUUCUUCAUUAGAAGAAAACUUUGAUAAAUAAUUAUGUCAGAGGUAACUGAGUGUUAGAGAAAAAACUAAAAUGUCUGCAGAGGAAAAGAGGGGGAGGAGAUAAAGCUUUGAAGAGAUUAUUCAGAAUUAGGAGGGGGAAAAAGACACUGCAUUGUAGAAAAGGCAGUCUGUUGCAAAUGCUGAACUUGUUUUUUUAUGAUCAUAAUUAUAUAAUUUUAUGGCAAGAUUGCCGUUGAUGACGUUAGCGCUUUUUAUCUGCAACCUUUGACCUUUUUUUAUGAGCUUUCAGAUGUUUUUAGCCCGCUUUGCUUGUCACACUGCAACAACAAAAAAUAAUUAUGAAGAAAAAAAGUCUAAAACAAACACACACAAAAAUGUGGGAAAAAUGCUUGCAGUGAUUAUACUUCGUAGAUAGCCUACAGCAGGAGCUUACGGUUUAAACCAAUCAGAGCAAAAGCAAUAGAAGAAAUUGUUGACAAUUUCUGUAGUCUUUCCUAGUUGUGGAUCAAAUGCAGCCCAAGGAUGGCCAUUUUUAUACCAAAGAUGAAGAGACACUCUGAUCCAGAGUUUUUUAGUUUUUCAGUUUGAUUUUGUUGUUGAUGUUUGUUAUUGUUGAUGUUGUUGUUGUCAUGGUUGUUUUUAAUUUGACCUUGAUGGCCGGACCAGUCUUUACUUUUCCCUCCGUUUUUUGGUUUAAGCUAACUUCCACGGUUGUCGAAACUAUCACGCUGACGUCAAACAGUAUUUGGGCGUGUGAUGCAACUAGUGGCAGUCCGACCUAAUGUCCAUCUCCACCACUUCAAUUGUCAUUCCGUCUCUCAACUGUCGUGCUCAACUGUCGUGCUCCACAACUUUCGCCAGCCAUGCGGGCAUUCCACUCGUCAACAAUAGACAAAACACUAUAGGAAGAAUUGUGGAAUGUUGCAGCCUGCUCCUACUUGGUCAUUGAUGCGUCGCCUCUGGCUUUUUUUGGCUCACUGAUUUCUGCCUCUGCUCUGUCUCUUUAUCUCAUUGAAUCAAUGAUAACGGAAUGAAACUGAUUUUAAAAAAUGUAUUCCCUCCCAGGGAGUCUCAUCAAUGUUGCCCUACACCCCCCCCCCUCUCCUGUUAUACAAACAACAAACACCAAAACUGUAUGUGUUGACGUAAAACAUGUCCUCCUCCCCUAGGCGCUAUGUCCUUAGUAGUGCUGAGCAAUUAACUGAAAUGUAGAUGAAUUUUUCGUUUUUUAAACAACUAAUUGGUGAAAUGUUUUGAAUUCCAUUUUGUUCGUUUCCUCCCCCCCCCGUGAGCUCAAUGCGCACAUUUAUCUGGAGAUAAAUCGGAUCUAGCCUGAACUGUGCGAUGAAAUAGGGAUUGGAAUUUCCAACAGACCAAUAUUCUACAUAGUUAAGCGCAUAAAAUGUGGUAGUUAACUACAAUGACCAUAAUCCCUUGUACGUACAUCUACUACUCCAGUCUGUUUCUUUUACGCCUGCUAGGGAAGAGAGAUGAAUGUGCAAUCAUGAGGUGAUAUAGAGAGCAGCUGUUGCUUCGUGAGGUAUCUCUACCUGAGAAUACAUGAUCUAAGUGAUUGAGGAACUACAAAAUAGUGUUUUUUGUCAAACAGCAUAGGCAGCAGCUCUAUAGAGACGAGAUGAUGACUUGAAAUGAAACAAUAAAGUCAUCAAAUAAAACAAAUGUAAUAUACACAACUGAAAUAUUUUAUUAUACUAAAGUAAUGUGAAUAAAUGAUGGUUUGAUUCAUUAGGAUCCCCAUUAGCUGACGCAAAUGGCGACAGCUAGUCUUAGUGAGGUCCCGGCACAUAAUGACAAAGACAUUACAGACAAAAAAAAAGACUUUCCAAUUUACAUGUCAGUACAUACACACAAGUAGGUCACACGUUAAUUAAGCAAUAAGACACGAGGAGGUGUGGUAUAUGGCCAAUAUACCAUGACUAAGAGCUGUUGUUAAUCACGAUGCAACGCGGAGUGCCUGGAUACAGCCCUUAGCUGUGGUACAGUGCGUUCGGGAAAAUAUUCAGACCCCUUGACUUUUAGCAAAUUUUGUUACGUUUUGCCUUGUUCUAAAAUGGAUAAAAUAAAAUAAAAUAUCAUCAAUCUACACACAAUACCCCAUAAUGACAAAUUGAAAACAGGUUUUUAGACAUUUUUGCAAAUGUAUUAAAAAUUAAAAAACAGCGAUAGCUUUAUUUACAUAAGUAUUCAGACCUUUUGCUAUGAGACUCGAAAUUAGGCUCAGGUGCAUCCUUCUUCCAUUGAUCAUCCUUGAGAUGUUUCUACAACUUGGAGUCCACCUGUGGUAAAUUCAAUUGAUUUGACAUGAUUUGGAAAGGCACACACUUGCCUAUAUAAGGUCCCACAGCUGACAGUGCAUGUCAGAGCAAAAACCAAGCCAUGAGGUUGAAGGAAUUGUCCGUUGAGUCCCGAGACAGGAUUGUGUCGAGGCACAGAUCUGGGCAAAGGUACCAAAACAUUUCUGCAGCAUUGAAGGUCCCCAAGAUCACAUUUGCCUCCGUCAUUCUUUCAUGGAAAAAGUUUGGAACCAGGUACCAUCCCUAUGGUGAAGCAUGGUGGUGGCAGCAUCUGUGCAUGUUUUACAGCAGCAGGGACUGGUCAGGAUAGAGGGAAAGAUGAACGGAGCAAAGUACAGAGAGAUCCUUGAUGAAAACCUGCUCCAGAGCGCUCAGAACCUCUGACAGGGGCGAAGGUUCACCUUCCAACAGGACAACGACCCUAAGCACACAGCCAAGACAACCCAGGAAUGGCUUCGGGACAAGUCUCUGAAUGUCCUUGAGUGGCCCAGUCAGAGCCCGGACUUGAACUCAAUCGAACGUCUGUUGAGAGACCCUUAAAAUAUAUGUGCAGAGAUGCUCCCCAUCCAACCUGACAGAGCUUGAAAGGAUCUGCAGAAAAGAAUGGAAGAAACUCCCCACAGGUGUGUCAAGCUUGUAGCGUCAUACCCAAGAAGACUCAAGGCUGUAAUCGCUGCCAAAGGUGCUUUAACAAAGUACUGAGUAAAGGGUCUGUAUACUUAUGUAAAUGUGAUAUUUCAGUUUGUUGUAUUUUUAUUCAUUUGCUAACAUUUCUAAAAACUUGUUUUUGCUUUGUCAUUAUGGGGUAAUGUGUGAAUAUUGAUGAGGGGGGAAAACGAUUUAAUCCAUUUUAGAAUAAGGCUGUAACGUAACAAAAUGUGGAAAAGGUCAAGGGGUCUGAAUACUUCCUGAAUGCACUGUACAUUGGCCAUUUUCCAAAACAAACCCGAGGUGCCUUAUUGCCAUUAUAAACUGGUAACCAACAUAAUUAGAACAGUAAAAAUAAAUGUUUUGUCAUACACGUGAUUUACGGUCUGAUAUACCACAGCUGUCAGCCAAUCAGCAUUCAGGGGUUGAACCACCCAGUUUAUAAUAAGUGAUAAGCAGUAAUGGGCAGUCAUUAUCAUAAUUGGACUUUUAAUAAUUGUAUUAUUCUGUGUUGUUACAGCAUUCAACCCACAUAAUUCAGAGUGCAUUUAAUCUAAAAAAAAAUAGAGAGAAAUUGUACACUGUGAUUUUAGUCCUUUUUAUAAUUGACCCAAAACCAAACCAAUCUCAAAAAGCACUAAUCGCUCAGCACUAUUAGGACAGGAACUAAAUUCACGACUAGCGUUGACACGUUAGCAUCUGGUGUGCUUCUUUGUUUAACAUCUGAACGUUGAACAUACCGAACCGACAUAUGGAAGCAUACCGUAGUGUUAUCGGCUUUAGCAAACGUUAUCUCUCUUCAAGAUCCAUCUGAUAAUGAACCCUAUUAGAUUCCAUUUUUACGGGCUGGAUAAACACUACUGUACUCUGACCUAAUGGGUUCUUUUCUAGCCAGAAUAGUACACUACAACAUGUUGACGGUAACCUUUCAACCAAGCCUAAAAGGCCUCUGUUGUCAGCCUUUUGUCCCCAAUUAGCCUCUUUAGCCUGUAAACGUCUCCGCCUCACCUCUUUCAGCCUCCCAUCAAUACCAUAUCCAUUGCCAUUAGAGAUUUUUUUUCGAUGACUUCAUCUCCGAAGAUUGUCCCAUAAUAAAUGGGCUUGUGUCUGUGGGAUGGCAGGCGCGCUAUUUCCAUUAAAGUGCCCUGUUCUGGAGCACUGUGUGUCUCUGUCCCCAUUACGGUACCCUGUUAGAGUGGCUGAGUGUCUGGCUGUGUCUGAAAUGGCAUCCUAUUCCAUAUAUAGUGCACUACAUUUGACCAGGUCACAAAGGGCUCUGGUCAAAAGUAGUGCACCAUAUAAGGAAUAGGCUGCCAUUCCUGACGCAAGCCUCUGUGUCUCUGUAUGCCUGCCCGCUGUGGUGUUAGAGCCCUGAAAAGCCUCCUGUUUUUCAGUGCUCUUUGUGUACCGCUGGCACCACUAAUGUGACCAGGCUUCACUCUCUCCUCUCCUCUCUCUCCCUGUGAGGUUUUCCCUCUUUAUUGGACAGCGCAGGACCUCAACCACAAACCAAUUUUAGUCACAUUCUCAAUGAGUCUUGACGGGGUCCAAUUUGUCUCCCCAUAGGGCAUUGGGAUCCACUCCAGUGUCUCUGAAAGCCCCUUUCGAGAAAAGAAGGGGGGGGGGGUUGUGUUAUUUUUCGUUCACAAUUGCGAAUAUUGAGAUCCAGCAGUUCGUGUGACUCAAAGGCAGGCUGUGCAUUGCAUUCUGGGAAAGAUGGCAGUGACGUCAUAGGUCGGCUAUGACAUCACACAUAGCAAUGUCUGUAACAAUGUCAUUGUUCAUCGAGUGCCUUUUAACGAAGCUUCCAAAUGAUUCCAAUAUCUACAGGAUAGACAAAAAGCACAUGGAAAAGCUAUCUUAUAUGAGGGAACCGUUGAUUUUUUUUACGGGUUGUGCUAAUGAAAAUACUAGAAAUGUACAACCUAAUCUAAGGUGCUGCAGUGGAAGCUGUCUUGGGCAUGUUGCCUACUUUGUGUCCAUUGGACUGUGAUGCACUGGCCAUUCUUGAUCAUCAUGAGUUUACUACAAUUGCUCUUCCCUUAUUGGGUUGUGCUUUUUAAAACCAAGUGAAAACAGGCACAUAGUGAACUACAUCGUCCACAUAGUGAGCUGGCAUCACGGCCGCCAUAUUGUUCUUGUCAGAAACACAGGCAAUAAAACCAGAGAAAAUAUGACCAUUCAACCUUUUGUUGUCCCAUCUUCCAUCCAAUGACCGGUCAGUGAUCAAAUGUUACUGUGCCAAUCUACCAACACCGGAGCUACUCAGCUGCUCACUGUCCCACACAUCUCUCCUUUUCCUCUUUACACUCAUCCUGUCACCUCCCCUCAUCCUCUGCUUUCCGAUUACAGAGAACUUUUGAUUACAAGAUAAUCGUUAACUCUGGAGUGUAGGCUAUAUACGCGCCAAAAUCGCCCACUUUUUUUAUUUGAGACAGACCAACAAAUCCAAAACGGCUCGACCUUUUCACACCACUGACAACAACCGUCCACAUUUCUUGCACAUUGCUCUGGGUAAUAACAUUGUUUUCGCUGUGUUAUUUUCCCCCUCUCCUGCCACGCGUGAGCAGGCUAGCUGCUACAGUAUUGAGGUGUCCAGAACUUAAGCUAGACCUUCGGUCGAGGUUGCUGUUUGCUCCUCAACCUCUAUGGUGUUCAAACUGUAACCGCAGCCAGGUUCUCUGCAUCAUAAACCACUCUUACAGCUGCUACUUUAAGAGACAGAAUAAAAGAGGAAACCUUUUGAUUAACUGUAGGAAUCGGACCGCAAUCACCUUUGAUUACAAAGCUCAGUGCUCUACAAAUAUUGUUACCUUCUACGAUUCAAUAGUAAAGGACUGAAAAGGAAAUAGGUUUACAAAUAGAGCUCACAAAGAAUCGCACGACCGAACCGCGUGGGCUCCGAAUUGCUGCUUGAGAUUCAAGAAAGACAAAACGUUGAAGUGACUAGAGGUUUGCCUCGAUUGGGUAAGAGAAAUCUCCUUGUGAAUCUUUCAUCGCCCAUCAAUGAGGCCAUUGCAUAAUUGAAAUGGCAUUAUCUUGGCUGACUCGACUUCUGUCUCAUUCUACACUAGUUGUAGCACAAUGGCAAACUUGGCCUGGUAAAAUGCCACUACGUUUUGGCGGGCUACAGUUAAGGAAUCUAUUUUGGUGAAGGAUAGCUCCGAUAGCUAGCUAGCCUAUGUCUCAGCACAAGCCACAGCCAGAUAGGGUCAUUAGCUCCUGUUGCCAGGCAGAAGUUGUCAAAGCGCAGAGUGUUGAGCAGCUCCACCUCAUGCAGCACUGUGAGAGAGACUCAGUUCAGUCCGUCUGUCCAUUCAUUGCAGGUCUGUAACCAGCUGGACCUCACGCUCGCACUGAGGGGAGAAAGUUACUGAUUGGAAGCAUGCUCUACCACAACCGCAGACAGACAGACACACACACACACAGAGUGUGCUAGUCUUCUCAUCAUCUGUUCAUCAGAGUAAGGUUAUCACUGAGAGACGAAACCUCUGUUCUCCAUUGCUUACUAUCAUAGAGUCUCACUUAAUCUAGGUAGGCUCUAAGGGGUCAAUCCUAACUUCCACAUAAGUAAAAUGUUCACUUAGUCUCCCGUUGACAUCAAUGCAUCACUAACUAAAACACUGACUCUUAGUGGAAGUCGGGAUUCACCCCGAUGUCUUCGGUAACAGAACAGUAGUGUUCCGUUUCAGUCUACUGUAUCCAUCCAAGUUGGGCUACAGAGGUGCUUCAGUUCACUGCCUGUUUUUAACGCCAUCCACUUCUCCAAUCCGUCCCACGUCGGUCUCACUGCCUCCGUCCAGAUAUCAAGCCAGUCGGUCAUAUCUAUCUCCCAUAUUUCUAGUACUAGGAACAUAUUCACCACAAUGGCGUUCCAAGUGGUUCAAUGUCAUACCCCAUUGUCAUGGGCUUCUUGUGAAUUCCCCCCGUUGUGACUAGACAGUGGUUUAGAAAAGACGGGUCUGUGUCCGAAAUGGCUCCCUAUUCUUAUAUAGGGGAUAUUGUGUCCUAUUUCGGCACCCUAUUCCCCAUACAGUGCACUACUGCACUGUGUUAAGACAAACAGUGUCUCAGAGUUAGGCCUCACCUCGACAUAACGUCUCCCACAGUGAAGUGUGACAGGAGCGCUCCGGGCUCGAUAUCACUCAACGCUCUUUCAGCUCUUACCACCACGUAAUUCAGUGGGGAAAUUGCUCAAACGCCCACGCACACAAAAAAAUGUGGCCCACGC